GAGCUUUGAGAAUAACUUAAACACCUACAAACUGCUGUCUCACCGCAAGACUGACACUGAGGUCCCGCAUGGUCCGUUCACAGUGGCGGUACUGAAUGUGGGUGCCCCAGCAGCGGGCAUGAACGCAGCAGUGCGCUCGGCUGUUAGAGUGGGCAUCACAGAGGGGCACCGCAUGAUGGCCGUCCAGGACGGCUUUGAAGGCUUCGCCAAGGGACAGAUUAAGGAGAUUAAGUGGGGUGAUGUUGGAGGCUGGACCGGCCAAGGAGGAUCACUGCUGGGGACAAAGAGGACCCUGCCUGCAAAGCACAUUGAUAAGAUAGCCGAACAGAUGAGGAUUCACCGCAUCAACGCCCUGCUGGUGAUUGGUGGAUUUGAGGCCUAUCUGGGACUGCAGGAGCUGCUAGCAGCACGGGAUUCAUAUGAUCCGUUUUGCGUUCCCAUGGUGAUGGUGCCGUCUACUGUCUCCAACAACAUCCCCGGCUCCGAUCUCUGCAUCGGUGCUGACACAGCCCUCAAUGCCAUUACAGGCGCGUUUGAGGCGGUCCUGCAGCUGAUGGAGGCUCGCUGGCGCCACCGUGAGUUUUGUGUGCCCCUCUGCAUGCUGCCCGCCACCAUCAGCAACAACGUCCCUGGCACCGACCUGAGCAUCGGGGCCGACACCUCCCUCAACGCCAUCGUGGAGGUAAGGCGCGCUGACUCAGCGCUUUCUCAACUAGCCUUGGGAGUAGUCAACGUGGUGAGUCAGCACUUUCACACACACACAAACACACACACACACACACACACACACAGUGUACGUGUUGGAGAUCCUCUCUGUCGUGGCUCUCUACAGAUCAACGUGGAGCAUCUGAGGGAGAAGAUGAAGACCAGCAUCCAGAGAGGACUAGUCCUCAGGAAUGAGAACUACAAUGACAGAAAUGAGAGCUGCAAUGAGAACUACACCACCGAUUUCAUCUACCAGCUUUACUCAGAGGAGGGAAAAGGAGUGUUUGACUGCAGGAAGAAUGUCCUGGGACACAUGCAACAGGGUGGUGCUCCCUCUCCAUUUGACCGGAACUUUGGGACCAAGAUCGCUGCCAAAGCCAUGCAGUGGAUCUCCCGCCGCCUCAAAGACUUCUACCAGGAGGGCCGGGUGUUUGCCAACACUGAAGACUCCGCCUGCUUGCUGGGUAUGAGGCGCAGGGCUCUAGUGUUCCAACCAGUGACCCAGCUCAAGGAAGAGACCGACUUUGUCCACCGUAUUCCCAAGGAGCAGUGGUGGUUGAAGCUCCGCCCCCUGAUGAAAAUCCUGGCCAAAUACAGGACGAGUUACGACAUCUCCGACUCUGGGCAGCUUGAGCAUGUGACCCGUCCACGCGCACGAGACAUCGAGAUCGCCAUCACCAUCUGAGCAUGGGGUGUG